ACUUGCCGUUUAUCCAGAGUAUUAUGUAAAACCUGUUCGAAUCAGCGACGACUUGCAAUUGACUGGCUCUAUCGAUUACAUUACCGCUAACAGGAAGGAACAGGUUAUCUAUAAGUUGAAGCAAGGAACAAGUAUUGUGGAAUCGCCUACAUUUUGCACUAUUGAGGCAAAAAGAGAUGAGGCGUUCGCUGCGGGUGAAGGAGAGGCAUUGGGACAAAUGCUGGCUCUCCACCAAAAAUACAGAUCUCCAAUCCACGGCUGCUUAACAGAUGGAACGCGUUGGACGUUCUACUAUGUUGACGAGGAGGGUUACUACCAAAGCAAGAUGUAUACUGCUGAACUAGAACAGAGUGUAGUACUUGGUAUAUUGCGACAUUGGGUUCGCGGCCAACUGCCUUCUUCAAACUUCUCAAAAGGAACAAGGAAAAGUCUUUAA